AUGAACCUUAUCACUUAUCAGCUUUCGUUGUUCUGUUGUGAAAUUGCAGUAAUUUCUAACUUCUUCGGGUAAUUAUCAACUGGCAAUCGACGCCAGUGUUUUUUCCUUCAAUUUUUCAAGUGCCAUUACAUCACGGGGAAAAUACGAGAGCUAUUGUUAACAUUAGCCUCGCAUAUGAGUGCUACUCAAAAUGUUGCCAUCAAGUUAAGCGAUCAGUACAAUGUUUAUGAUGAUUUACAUCUUCCAGUCAGUUCUUCCAAAAGCUCUGUUAAAUCUACUUUGUGGUUCAUUAUCAACAUGAUCUGGGAAUCACGUUUUCGCAUUCCCACAGUGAUAGUUCUUUGCAUCAUCGCUUUCAUGUGUGGUGUGUACCAGGAAAUACGUAGAGGAAGCAUAGCUCGCCGACUCGCUCGACAGCAAGACAGUGGAUGGGGAAAUGAUGACAGCGAUGAUGACAACGAUGAUGACGAAGAUGACGAUGAUGAUGAUGGUGACGACUUGGAUGAUGAUGGAAGUGGCGGUGAGUAUGAAUCUGAUGAGGAUGAAGGUGGUGAAGAUAUGUUGUUCUUUCCUGAGUCUAUGUUCAUCGAUCCGGGCGUGAACCCUGAAAACGACACAGAACUUUUCAAUUUUAUUCGUCGUGAGAAUCCAAGCUAUGAGAGGAGUUUGAUGAGACGUCAGCCAUGGCCUAAUGAGUUUCAGACAGAACUUGUUUUGUCAAGCUGCCCAAGAAUAGGUAGUGCCUCAUAAUUUGACCUUAAGACUGAAUCUAUUUCCAAAUCGAACAUUUUAUUUUUGUGAGAUGUUAGAACGCUAGCUUAGAGUUAAAUCUAAGCAAGGGAUGUUCACAGUGUAUCAAUCAAUUUCAAGAAACAAACUAGAAUGAGUGAUGAGUGGAUAAUGGAGGUAUCAUACCUAUAAUUCUAGCUCUGUUAACAACUUGAAUGAAUACUCCCUUUUCUUACAUCCGAAUUCUUAGAAGUUUGCUUGGAAAUUUACCUUGUUUUAAGCUCUUUUUGUGAUUAAUAUUUGUUUUUCUUAUUUUUUCUCCUUUAUUUUAAGUUACCACCCUUCGUGUAAUAAGGCUGAUCUUCAUAUUGUGUAACUUAACUCUGUUAAACUCAUGGUAAAUAAGUGAGGAACCUCUCCCAAAUAAUAUGGUUAUUUUUUGCACGGAACGGAGUAAGAAUACAUUGAAUUAAUGCAUAAAAUUAGAAGUUAUUUAUUUUGUUAGAAUGUUAUGGGAAAAUUAACAAUUAGAAAAGCUAAUUAAGCCUCCUUUUCGUUUUUCUUCGUGCCAUGAUGAAGGCAUAUAUUUAGAGGCCAGAAGUUUUAACUUUGAAUUUUUCUGCGAGAAUAACACAUGUCCUCACGGAAUAUUUACCACAAGCAAUAAAGUCCCAGUGUUUUAAUACAAAAGAGGAAGGCGGUCUCUUUAUAGGUAGCAGCAGCCCUGAUAAUGAAAUAUCUGAUUUCAUAGUAAACUUGUGAAAAUAUUAGUUUUUUGGCCGAAUUUUUUUACAACCUACUGAAGCUGUAUUUAUCAGAUCAUGUGAAUUUCUAGCCAUGACAUUCAUUGUUUUCCUAGGUUAGCCUGUUGUAUCAAAAUAUUAAAUUAAAAAGUAGUUGAAUUUAACAGAAGGGGAAA